AUGAAUUCAUCAGGGCAAUGCAUAACGCAGGAGGCGGAGAUUAUCACAUGGAAGCCGCCCAGGGCCAUGGCAAUGCAGCCUGAUUGGAGACAUGAAGAGGGCCCAGGAGAGGCUGUGGUCUUCCCUCUGGCCAGCGGAGAGGUGCCGGUCCACUCCUGGGAGACAGGCAGAAGAGGGGGUGGGUGGUUUAGAGUGAUGCUUCACCUCGCUACAGGCAGAUCUCCCAAAGGGGCAGGAGCAGGAGAGGCCUGA